CAUUUACUCUCUCUCUCACUCUGGCUCUCAGUGCCUAUGUCCAGACUGCUGCUUCAGACCUCACCGCCCCUUUCCAUUCAAACCAACUUUAAGCCAGACUUCUGAGUGUGUGAGCCAGCAUUUCAUCAACAGUCUGCUGUGCACUUUCAGGAGCCUCUUAAUUUGUUAAAGUUUCAGCUGGAGAAAAGUGACCAACAGUGACCAUGAUGAGGAUCAUACUACUGCUUCUGGUCACCCUGACGGGGCCUUUCAGUACCUUUACCCAAGCAAGUACUCUGGUGGUGCCAACAGCUAUUGGUUCAACUCCACAACCAAAUCUUGCAUCAGAUUCACCUACUUUCACAUACACAACAGAGGUAACAUCUCCUCAAGAUGCUGUUUCAAUGUCAGAGCCUGCUCCUGAGGUUACAGAAGCAGCUGCCACGACAGAAGAAGUGCCAAUGGUUUCCACAACAGCAUCAGUGAUACAGUCAGGAACCCCAUUAGAAACAACAGCCCUAACAGAUACAACACAAUCAACAGAAGCUGUACCUAUAGAGACAACCAGCCCUGAAGCCACUACUGUCUUUGCAGAAGCAGAAAUGCCUGAGAAAGUUGAAGACAUAGAAUCAAAGACUGCAGAUGAAGAGGUGGAGGAUGAAGGUAUGGGCACAGGACAGUUGGUGGGGAUCGUAAUCGGUGCAUUGAUCACAGUGAUUGUUGUCAUUGCUGUAAUCAUCUUGUUGGUCAGAAGAAUGGGCCAAUACUCCCCCUGAAAAGAAAGGCACGACAGGAAGAGAAGAAGAAGAAAUCCGGGAAGUUCUGAACUAUUGUUCUGAUGUUAAAAACAAUCCAAGCAGCACUCUCACCAUCCAUCCAGGACUGUACGGGGAGCAGGAGAGUGUCCCAUCCUCUUUCCCAUUGAAAAAGAUGCCCUCCCACAAAAACACCUUCCCAGUGCCCACAAGUUAUUUUAUUUAGCCUGAAAAGCCUUAUUUAUCCCAAUAGUGGGAGGCCACAGGAAGUUACAGUAUCUUUUUUUAAUGCAUAUUAAUGUAACAGGAGAUUAAUGAAUGUUCAAUUUGUAAAGGGCCUAAUAAACAAAAACAAACAAACAGCUGCCCAUGCAAGCAAAAGCUUGUAUGUUUUUAUAUCAUACAGAAAAAAAAACUAAUCCAAAAUCAUUAUUCUUUUCCCAUUCUACAGAUGUGUCCAUUUGGACUAUGACGCAUUAUGAACAGUCUUUGAACUGUCAUAAGCAGAUGCUGAGGACACAUUCUGUUCUCAAGAUGUGUAACCGGCUUUAACUAAUAAAUAUUUUUUAAAUUAUUAGUUAAGGGGAGCAGCACACAAUAAGUGCUUGAGAUUUACUCAUUUGAAAGUGCAUUAGUACGGAGUGACUUGACUGUGUUGUUCUUAACUGUCACCCAUUCCAAAAGUGACAUCAUUUCCUCUGGAACGCAUCAUUUAUUGUGUGUUCCAAUCCGCUUAGCUCCAGCGCACAGCUGCUAUUGGCAUGUAUCUCUAAAAUCCUGAUGUUCCUCAGCCUGGACUACAUCAUUUUAACAGCAUACUACAGACAUUUUGCAUGGUAUAGUUGAGUUGUUUGCAUUUCUUUUUGUCAGUGUUGAGGUUUGUGUUUCUUUCUGAUGUUCGAGAGCAUUGCUAUCCUGGGCUUUGCUUUAAGAGAUCAGUAUUAGGUGCACUGAAUGAUGAAGAAUAAAUGUUUAGUAUUGACAAGACACUGCAGUUGUUUGCAACGAUAUUUUGUGUUUCUUGCUUGCCAGAUUCCUCUUUAUUUCUCGUUACUCCAUGAUCUCAUUUUGCCAUUUGAUGUCAGAAUCCAGUUAAAGCCAAGAGUUUGACUUUGUGUUUUGGGGUUUUGUUUUACUUAUUGUUCAAUCAAUUUCAAUAAAAAAGUUCCAAAGUA